AUGUUGACUAUUCUCAACGAGCUCGCCAAGCACCGACGUGAUGACGGUUCCUUCGACCUCGACGCCUUCAAGAUCGUCUACAUCGCUCCCAUGAAGGCUCUCGUGGCCGAGAUGGUUGGCAACUUUUCCAGUCGACUCAAGCAGUUCGGCAUCAACGUUGACGAACUUACCGGUGACUCCCAAAUGACCAAGCAACAAAUCGCCGAGACUCAAAUCAUCGUCGCCACACCCGAGAAGUGGGACGUCAUCACUCGCAAGAGCACCGACACCAGUUAUACCAACCUCGUCCGUCUCAUCAUCAUUGACGAGAUUCACUUGUUGCACGACGAGCGUGGUCCCGUCGUCGAGAGUAUCAUCGCCCGUACCAUUCGCAGGAUGGAGCAGACAAACGAGUAUGUUCGACUUGUCGGUCUUUCCGCCACCCUCCCCAACUACCAAGACGUCGCCACCUUCCUCCGCGUGGACGAGAAGAAGGGCCUGUUCUACUUCGACGCCUCUUACCGACCUUGCGGCCUCCAGCAACAAUUCGUCGGUAUCACCGAGAAGAAGGCUAUCAAGCGCUACCAGGUUAUGAACGAAGUCUGCUACGAGAAGGUGCUCGACCACGCCGGCAAGAACCAGUCCCUCGUCUUUGUCCACUCGCGAAAGGAGACUGCCAAGACUGCCAGGUUCUUGCGCGACAUGGCUGUAGACAAGGAGACGAUUACGCAGUUCGUCAAGCCCGAUGGUGCGACACGCGAGAUUCUCCUGCAAGAGGUGGAGAACGUCAAGGACCCCAACUUGAAGGAUCUACUCCCCUUCGGUUUUGCCAUCCACCACGCCGGUAUGAACCGUGCCGACCGAACGACUGUUGAAGAGCUGUUCAGCGAGGGUCACAUCCAAGUGCUCGUUUGUACCGCCACGCUCGCGUGGGGUGUCAACCUUCCCGCCCACACCGUCAUCAUCAAGGGUACCCAGAUCUACAACCCCGAGAAGGGCCGCUGGGUCGAACUUUCAUCGCAGGACGUCCUACAGAUGCUUGGUCGCGCCGGUCGUCCCCAGUUCGAUACCUAUGGUGAAGGCGUUAUCAUCACGAACCAUUCGGAAAUGCAGUACUAUCUCAGUCUGUUGAACCAGCAGCUGCCUAUUGAGUCGCAGUUUGUGUCCAAGUUGGCGGAUAACCUGAAUGCGGAGAUUGUUUUGGGCACGAUUAGGAAUCGGGAUGAGGCUGUUCAGUGGUUGGGGUACACGUACUACUACGUUCGUAUGCUCAAGGACCCGGCACUCUACAACGUCGGCGCGGACUACAUGGAGGACGACGAGCAGCUUGUCCAGAAACGCGCGGAUAUCGUGCACUCGGCGGCUGUCAUGCUGGAGAAGUGCCAGCUCCUCAAGUAUGAGCGGUCGACUGGCCGAUUCCAGAGCACCGAGCUCGGUCGGAUUGCCUCGCACUACUACGUCACGUACAACUCGAUGAUGGUGUACAACCAGCAUCUCCGCCCGACGAUGUCGAUGAUUGAACUUUUCAGGGUGUUUGCGCUCUCGAAUGAGUUCAAGCUUUUGCCUGUCCGGCAAGAGGAGAAGAUGGAGUUGUCGAAAUUGUUGGAGAGAGUGCCGAUUCCGGUGAAGGAGAGUGUGGACGAACCGCCUGCCAAGAUCAACGUUCUUCUGCAAGCGUAUAUCUCUGGGUUGAAGCUAGACGGCUUCGUCCUCGUUGCGGACAUGGUCUUCAUCCAACAAUCUGCUGGACGAAUUCUCCGUGCCAUCUUUGAGAUCUGUCUUAGAAGAGGAUGGGCGGUGCCGGCCAAGGCUGCAUUGGAUAUGUGCAAGAUGGUGGAGAAGAAGAUGUGGGGAUCUAUGACUCCUUUGCGACAAUUCCCCAAGGUUCCUGGUGAGAUUAUUAGGAAGGCUGAGAGCAAGCAAUUCCCGUGGUAUCGAUACUAUGAUCUCACCCCACCCGAGCUCGGUGAACUCCUUGGUCUGCCGAAGGAAGGUCGCCGUGUCCAUCGUUUGGUGCACCAGUUCCCCAAGCUUCAGCUGCAAGCCCAGGUCCAGCCUAUCACCCGAUCUCUCCUCAGGGUCGACCUCUCGAUCAUCCCCGACUUCCAAUGGGAUCCUGAGGUGCACGGCGGUGCCGAGUCCUUCCAUAUCCUCGUCGAGGAUGUCGACGGAGAGGUGAUCCUCUUCCACGACAUGUUCGUUCUUCGACAACGUUAUUCCUCGGACGAACACAAUGUCACGCUCACCAUCCCCAUGUUCGAGCCGGUCCCACCCAACUACUACAUCACCGUUAUCUCCGACCGAUGGCUGCACGCCGAGACGCGCUUGCCCAUCUCCUUCAAGCACCUCAUCCUCCCCGAAAAGUUCCCCCCUCCCACCCCUUUGCUUGACCUCCAAGCCCUCCCUCUCACCGCGCUCCACAACAAGGAAUUCGAAGCGAUCUACUCAUCGACGAUCCAGACGUUCAACAAGAUCCAAACCCAAGUCUUCCAAGCACUCUACACGACGGACGAGAACGUGUUCAUUGGUGCUCCGACGGGUAGCGGCAAGACGAUUUGUGCCGAGUUUGCGUUGUUGAGGUUGUGGAGUAAGAGGGAGGCGAAGAGGGCUGUUUGUAUUGAGCCGUAUCAGGAUAUGGUGGAUAUGCGUGUUAGGGAGUGGCAGGCCAAGUUUUCGAAAGUGCAGGGUGGGAAGGAGAUUGUUAGCUUGACGGGUGAGACGAGUGCGGAUUUGAGGUUGUUGGAGAAGGGGGAUGUUAUUGUUUGUACGCCUACUCAGUGGGAUGUCAUUUCGAGAAGGUGGCGCCAGAGGAAGAAUGUGCAGACGUUGGGGUUGUUGAUUGCUGAUGAGGUGCAGCUGGUUGGUGGGGAAGUUGGGCCGACGUAUGAGGUUGUGAUUUCGAGGACGCGAUAUGUGUCUGCGCAGACGGAGAUUAAGACGCGUAUUGUUGCGUGUGGUGUUUCCCUUGCCAAUGCUAGGGAUUUGGGCGAGUGGAUUGGUGCACCUUCGCAUGCUAUCUUCAACUUCUCUCCGAGUGCCCGACCCCUCGACAUGGACAUCCACCUCCAGUCCUUCCAAAUCCCUCACUUCCCCUCGCUGAUGAUCGCCAUGUCCAAACCCGCCUACCUCGCCAUCUGCGAAUACUCACCCAGCAAACCCGUCAUCAUCUUCGUCCCCUCGCGUCGCCAAUGCCGUCUGACCGUGGACGACAUCCUUACGCACUGUGCGGCCGACGACAAGCCCGACCGGUUCCUCAACAUCGAGUUGGAGGAUUUGCAGCCUCAUUUGGAUCAUUUGCAUGAUAAGGGAUUGGCUGAGACGUUGAAGCAUGGGAUUGGGUAUUUCCAUGAGGCACUGCAUAAGCAGGAUAAGAGGAUUGUGCAGAGGCUGUUUGAGUCUGGUGCUAUUCAGGUUUUGAUUGCGUCCAAGGAUACUGCUUGGAGUCUUCCCGUCGCUAGCUACAUGGUUAUCAUCAUGGGCGUGCAGUACUACGAAGGAAAGGAGCAUCGUUAUGUCGAUUACCCCGUCAUGGAUGUCCUCCAGAUGAUGGGCAAGGCGUGCCGACCGCUCGAAGACGAGCGAAGCCGCUGCGUGCUCAUGUGCCAGCAGACGCGCAAGGACUUUUACAAGAAGUUCUUGGCCGAGGGUCUGCCUAUCGAAUCGCACCUUCCUACGCACAUGUUGCACGAUUACUUCCUUGCCGAGAUCGCCGUCAAGACGAUUGAGAACAAGCAGGAUGCUAUGGAUUUGUUGACCUGGACGUUCUUCUACCGCCGGAUGACUCAGAACCCCAACUAUUACAACCUGCACAAUGUCACGCAUCAGCACUUGUCGGACCAUCUUUCGGAUUUGGUCGAGACUACGCUCAAUGAUCUGGUCAACUCCAAGUGUAUCGCGAUCGAGGACGAGAUGGAUGUCUCCCCGUUGAACUUGGGUAUGAUUGCUGCGUACUACAACAUUUCAUACGUCACCGUCGAGGUGUACACCCUCUCCCUCAAAGAGCGGACCAAACUCAAGGGACUUCUCGAGGUUGUUUCCUCUUCGGCCGAGUUCGAAACUAUCCCGAUUCGUCGCCACGAAGACACGCUGCUCAAGCGAAUCUACGACCGGGUUCCCGUCAAGAUCGACCAACCCGACUUUGAGGCACCUCAUUUCAAGACCUUCCUCCUGUUGCAGGCGCACUUCUCCCGACUGCAGCUCCCGCCGGAUCUUGCUGCGGAUCAGGUUCUUGUUCUUGAGAAGGUUCUGAACUUGCUGUCGGCGUGUGUGGAUGUUAUGUCGUCGAAUGCUUGGUUGAAUGCGUUGGGUGCUAUGGAUCUUUCGCAGAUGUGUGUUCAGGGUGUGUGGGAGACGGAUUCACCGCUCAAGCAGAUUCCUCACUUUGAGCCUGAUGUCAUCAAACGCUGCAAGGAUGCCGGGGUCGAGUCUGUCUAUGAUAUCAUGGAGUUGGAGGACGAUGUUCGCAAUAACCUCUUGCAAAUGACUCCUGCUCAAAUGCGUGAUGUUGCCACCUUUGUCAAUUCGUACCCUACGCUUGACGUCAGCCACCAACUCGUCAAGGGUGAGUAUACGGCUGGUUCACCCAUCUACCUGCAAGUGGCCCUCGCCUUUGAUGCCGACGACGAAGACGACGAGCCUACCGAACCCCUCGUUGUCGCACCCUACUAUCCUCUCAAGAAGAUGGCCAAUUGGUGGCUCGUCGUUGGCGACACUGCGACUCGCCAGCUGCUUGUCAUCAAGAAGGUCACCGUCACCAAAAGCCUCAAGGUUAAACUCGAGUUUACCUUGCCUCAGGGUACCCAUAAACUCAAGCUCUACGUUAUCUGCGACUCGUAUGUUGGUGCUGAUCAUGAUAUCUCUCUUGAUCCCAUCGAGGUUGCGGAAGGCGAGGAUAGCGAUAGUGAUGAGGAUAUGGACAGCGAUGAAGACUAGAUUUAGUUUUCUUGCGUUAGAAUGUGUAGUGCGGCUGUGGGCUUGUAUUGUUGUUCGACUCUUUUUCUUCGUCACCUUUUACUUUUCUUUGCUAGUUGAUGCAUCCUUUCUA